AUGAAUACCGUAAAUGGGCUCAAUGGCCAUGGGCCUGCUCCUGUGCUAUGGAGUGAAGCAAGAAACGCGGAGGGUCGAGUCUACUACUUUAACACCAUUACAAAGGCAACUCAAUGGGAAAAACCAGAGGAUUUGAUGUCACCCGCAGAGCGUGCUGUGGCAAACUCUUCUUGGAAAGAAUACACUGCCGCAGAUGGCCGCAAGUACUGGUCGCAUAAGGAAACGAAGCAAAGUACUUGGGAGAUGCCACAAGUUUUCAAGGAUGCGCUUAGUACUGAGAUUUCUGCUCCAACUCCAACUCCUCAGCAACCUACAUUUGUUGCUGGUGGCGGUUUCUCGACCUCCCAAUAUGACCAACCACGAGAUAGAGAACCAUUAGGAGAAGCGCGGCAGAUUGCUUACGGCAACGAUGCGAACGGAAGUCGUGCGCAAGUUUUCGUACCCGCGAAUACCGAUCCCGAUUAUUCCACAUUUGAAGAAGCUGAGGCUGCAUUUCUGAAGCUGUUGCGCAGGAACAAGGUUGAUCCGAAUUGGACGUGGGAGCAAACCAUGAGAUCCAUCAUUAAGGAUCCACAGUACCGAGCAUUAAAAGAUCCCAAGGACCGCAAGGCAGCGUUUGAGAAAUAUGCUGUUGAAGUUCGAAUCCAAGAGAAAGAUCGCGCAAAAGAGAGAAUUGAGAAACUCCGCAAAGAAUUUGCUACCAUGCUGAGAAGUCAUCCAGAAAUCAAACACUACACCCGGUGGAAGACGGCUCGGCCUAUAAUCGAGGCAGAAGCCAUCUUCAGAUCUGCUAACGAUGAUAAUGAAAGACGUCAGCUGUUUGAAGAUUACAUUAUCGAACUCAAAAAAGCGAACGCCGAACGAGAAGUCACGACUCGGAAAGCGGCCAUGGAUGAAUUGAUCGAGAUAUUGAAAGCGAUUGAUCUGGAGCCGUAUACCAGAUGGUCAGAGGCACAAGGUAUCAUCCAAUCCAACCAAAGAUUUCAGAGUGACGAGAAAUUCAAGUCUCUGAGCAAAUCAGACAUGUUGACAGCUUUCGAAAAUCACAUCAAAAUUCUCGAGAAAACUUUCAAUGAUGCUCGGCAACAACAAAAAAAUCAACGAUCUAGGAGAGAACGACAAAAUCGCGACCGGUAUCUUAGUCUGCUCCAAGAACUCAAGUCUGCAGGUAAAAUAAAAGCAGGGACUAAGUGGAGUAAAUUAUACCCAUCAAUCAAACAAGAUGAGAGAUAUCAAGCUAUGCUCGGUCAACAGGGCUCUACACCCUUGGAUCUGUUCUGGGAUGUCGUGGAGGAAGAGGAGCGCGCGCUUCGUAGCACUCGUAAUGAUGUGCUAGAUGUUCUUGAUGACAAGCGAUUCGAGAUUCAACAGAAAACUACGUUUGAGGAAUUUCUCGCCCUUAUGCAGAAUGAUAGACGAACUGCUAACAUUGAUCGGGAUGCGCUGUCACUAAUCUUUGAGCGUCUUCAUGAGAAGGCAUCUAGGCGCAGUGAAGAUGACAAACAUCAAGCAGAGCGCCAACAGCGUAGAGCUGUGGACAGUCUCCGUUCAUACAUUAAACAUUUAGAACCUCCUAUCCGCGCCGAUGAUUCCUUUGAGAGGGUCAAGCCCCGAAUCGAAAAGUCUGAAGAAUACCUGGCAGUUGGAACUGAUGAACUUCGACGCUCGGCGUAUGACAAGGUCAUCCGACGCUUGAAAGAGAAAGACGAAGAUGCCGAGAAAGACAGGAACAAGCGUCGCGAAAGGAUCUCAGUGGAUCGGGGCUUGCACCGUGAACGAGAUAGAGGUGAGAGACCACACCGAUCUAGCGGACGUCAUGCUAGGAUGAGUCGUAGCCCAGAACCAGACGCGUACGAGGCGGACAGGCGUAAGGCGAUCGCCGAUCGUGAGAAGAACUAUCGCAAAGGGACUGCAGCAGACGGCUUGCUGUCACCUCGCCGUGGUGAUCGCGAACGUGACCGGGCCGACCGAGACCGAGAUAUUGACCGUCCACACCGUAGCCGACGCGAGGAUCCCUAUGAACGCGAGAGACGAGAAAGGGAGACGUCGCGGGAACUCACCUAUCGUCGCAGAGCUGACCCAAGAACAACUGUGGAUGAGCUCCCCUACGGUGACGAGAAGCCCCAAUCCGCCCGACGGCGAAGGACAGACAGCGACGUUGAAAGCGCCAGCAGCACCAGAUUGGCAAAAAGAACCAGAAGGGAAUUAACACCACGUGAGCGUUCCCCUCCUCCACGUGAACGACGUCACCGAACUAGGACACCUCCUGCUGCCUUGCCUUCGAAGGAAGAGCCAGCCGUGCAUUCUGGAAGUGAAGAGGGAGAGAUUGAGGAAGAGUAG